AUGGCUCUUUGGACCCCGUACGCGGACGAAGCGUUGGACUUAACCAAAAACAAACAAGAACCACCCGAACGGGAUCGGUCUUUUAGACCCACAGUUCCCGACGUAAGAUACGCAAGAGUAUCCCCGGAAUUAGAAGAAAAUAGAUAUUACAACUACGCGUACGAAUACACAGUUCCCACAUCGCAAAUAUCUCCAAAUGAAAGUUUGUUCUACAGAAAAGUGCCAUCACCUUCACAUUCACUUGACUCGUUGGAUGUUGAUUCCUUAUCCGAUGACGUGGAGUACCAAGCGUUUGAGAGAGAUGCCUUAAGAGCUAUGGCGGAGAAAAACGGAGGCGCUUUACUCGGAAAUAACCCACGAAUGAGACGUGCAGUACAAACUACUCAAGCAGCGGACGAUUCGUAUAGAAAACAGAGGGAAAGGAAUAACCAUGCAGCGAAACAGAGCAGAGAUAGAAGGAAAUUAAGGGAAGUUAGAUUGGCUUUUCAAGUGACGUUUCUGAAAAAGAAAAUCGCGGACUUAAGGACCCGGAUCGAUGAGCGAGUGUGCGUGAGAUGCCAGCAGCAGUGCAGGUGUUAA